AAUACUGAAGCUUGUCAGUGUGCUACAGGCAGCAGUGACAGACAGUCCCAGAGAGACCAGGAAGCUUCUUUCAACACUUCAGGAUGGCUGUGAAGCUGCUCUGUCUCUGCCUGCUGCUGACUCUGUUGUAUCCCAGCUGGGCCAAAAAACACUCAUGUCCCACUUCAGCAUCCAGUUGUGACCAAUGCCUUAUGUCAGGUCCAGAAUGUGCAUGGUGCACUGCCCCUAAUAUGAACAUUCGGUGUCAUAACAUGAAGGGGCUGCGGAGAAUGGGUUGUCGCAAAAGUCACACAUACAACCCUCAGGGAGAGGUACAGAUCGUGAGGAAUAUCACAAGCAGUGAGUCAGAAGCCAAGAUCCUGUUUCUCCAGCCCCAGGAAGUCUCCCUCCGUUUGAGGCCGGGUGUGAGCCAGAUCUUCCAUCUAACUCUCACCAUGCCUGCAGACCAGCCUGUUCCAGAGCUGACUACAGAUGCCAGCAAUGUGCCAGAGGCAGUCAACAUCACAUUCAGUAACGCCGACGCUAGAAACCCUCUACUUAUCCAGGUGAAUGUGGUUGCUGCCCAGUGUCCUAGUAAGAGUGAUGACUCAAACCCCAGCAAGACUGGGCCCUGGUCCGUCUCCAUCUCACCUAGAGGCUCUUCACUCAGUGUUAAGUUAGAAAUAACUUUGGAGUGUCAGUGUGACUGCACAGGAAACCGUGAGGAAAACAGCCGUGCCUGUAGUGGCCAUGGAGCGCUGAUGUGUGGCCAGUGCGAGUGCUACAAUUCUUACACUGGACAACAAUGCCAGCGGAACACCGGUUCACUUACUUCACAUUCACAGCAUGAUGACUACUGUCGCUCAGCACCAGACGCGCUGGUGUGCAGUGGUGUGGGUGUGUGUGUGGAGGGCUUCUGCGAGUGUGAGAUGCGAGAAAACCCGGAAGAAAUGUACAGUGGACGUUACUGCGAGUGCAGCAACUUUGAUUGUCUUCGUGCCAACAACAAAAUAUGUGGAGGCCAAGGGCAGUGCAGUUGUGGUAAGUGCAUCUGUAAGGAAGAAUGGACUGGCGAGGACUGCAGCUGCUCUAUGGAAACUGCCCCUUGUAUGGCAACAAACCAGCAGUUGUGUAAUGGUCAAGGGAUGUGUCAGUGUGGACAAUGUAAAUGUGACCUGCCGUACAGUGGCCCAACCUGUGAGAGCUGCCCUUUUUGUGAGAACACAUGUCAGCAGCAUGUGGAGUGUGUGGAGUGCCGAGCUUUUGGGAUGGGAGAGAAGAAGGACAGAUGUGACCAAAUAUGUGGCUACCUCGGUGUGACAAUGGUGGAGACGAAAGAUGAUCUGCCUCAACAAGGAGGAACUGUCAAGUUGUGUAAAAUGAGGAGCCAGGAUGACUGCUUCUUCUACUACAGCUUCUCCCACACAUCUUCUGGGGGAGAGUCAACUGUGGCGCGAUCUAAAGACUGUGGAACCAACUGACCAGCUAGUAGAGAAAUGUGUGUGACAAAGGUUUCUCUGCUUUAAUCCGGUGUUUCUCCAGAUUUGUUUAGUUUGUUUGUGACCUUUUUAAUUAUUUUAAUUAUUGUGACAAAUAAAAUUAUUUUAUCAGCUUG